CUGUCUUCACCAGCAGCACAGCUCCUGGAACCGGCUAGAAUGAGCACCACUGCUACACUGAACACCCAUUGUCUCCCACCACCACCUGUGCCUGAACAAGAGGAGGAGCAAGAGCAACCUCAGAUACACAUGUGUGUUUUGUGGUAUGCAGGGCAGCUGGGGAUCACUUAUUAUGACACAGGAGACUGCUCAGUCUACUUCAUGCCCGACAUGCCUGAUAACGAAGACCUCAAGCUGCUGCAGAAAGUGAUUGAUGAAGUCCUUCCCCAAUGCAUAGUGACUAGUGCCAAGCAGGAUCACAACAUUGCCAAAUUCCUGACCAAUAUGGGUGCUGCUACUGGGGACGGGGACAAACCAGAAAUUGUCCUCUUUCCCAAUAUGGACUUUGGCCUGGAAGUGAGCAAACAGCGGAUCCUAUCUAGGCAAUUCCCUUUCAUUCCCUCUCAUAUGACUGCAACAGAGAAAAUCCUCUAUUUGUCCUCCAUCAUUCCCUUUGAGAGCCCACUCAUGGUACGAGCAUUAGGUGGGCUGUUGAAGUUUCUUGACAGGAGGCGGAUCGGAGUCGAACUGGAAGAUAGCACAAUCGGAGUUCCCAUCUUGGCCUUUAAAAAGUUUGUGCUCAUGGAUAUUGUGAAUAUGGACCAAGAUACUUAUUGUGUCCUACAGAUAUUUAAAAGUGAGGUGCAUCCUUCUGUUUACAAGCUGGCCAGUGGGCUGAAAGAAGGACUCAGUUUGUAUGGGAUUUUGAACCGCUGCAGGUGCAAGUGGGGAGAGAAACUGAUGAGGUUGUGGCUCAUGCGGCCCACCCGGAACCUUACAGAGCUGAACAAACGGCUGGAUGUUAUUCAGUUCUUCUUGCUGGCUCAGAACCAUGAAACAGUCCUGACUCUUCAAGACUGCCUCAAGAAUAUAAAAAAUGUACCUCAGAUUCUGAGAAGAAUGACUCUUUCACAUACAAAGGUCAGUGACUGGCAGGCACUUUAUAAGACAGUUUAUAGUGCAGUGUGCCUCAGAGAUACAUGCCGCUCCCUGCCUAGCAGCAUCGAGCUCUUCCAGACCAUUUCACAGGUCUUCACCGAUGAUCUGCACUAUAUUGCCAGUCUCAUCAGCAAAGUGGUAGAUUUUGAAGGCAGUAUCUCAGAAAACCGCUUCACUGUCAGACCCAAUGUGGACUCCACCAUUGACGAAAAGAAACGAAAGCUGAUGGGUCUCUCAGACUUCCUUACAGAGGUGGCCCGGAAGGAAUUGGAGACCCUGGACAAUCGGAUUCCUUCCUGUUGUGUCAUCUAUAUUCCCUUGAUUGGAUUCUUGCUUUCAAUUCCACGGCUGCCCACAAUGGUGGACAAGAGUGACUUUGAGAUUGAAGGCCUGGACUUCAUGUUCUUGUCAGAGGAUAAACUACAUUACAGAAGUGCUAGGACAAAGGAACUAGACAGCAUUCUGGGUGACCUGCACUGUGAGAUCAGAGACCAGGAAACACUUAUCAUGCACCAGAUGCAGACAAAGAUCUUGGAGAAGUCGGCGGUGCUGAACAAUGUGAUUGAGUACACAGCGCACCUAGAUGUGCUGCUAGCUCUGGCAGUGAUGGCUCGAGAGAAUAGCUACAGCCGUCCAUGCUUUACUCACCGCCAUGGCAUCCACAUCAAGGAUGGCAGGCAUCCACUCAUGGAGCUAUGUGCAAAGACUUUUGUGCCCAACCCUGUGAACAGUGGUGAGGCUAAUGGGCGGAUAAAGAUCCUUACAGGGCCCAACUCAUCUGGGAAGAGUGUAUACUUAAAAAUGGUGGGCCUUAUAACAUUCAUGGCCCUAAUUGGCAGCUAUGUCCCUGCUGCAGAGGCUGAGAUUGGGGCAGUUGAUGGGAUUUACACCAGGAUUCACAGCAGGGAAUCAGUAUCUGUGGGACUCUCCACUUUCAUGAUUGAUCUCAACCAGGUUGCCAAAGCAGUGAACAAUGCCACUGGGAGGUCCUUGGUACUUAUUGAUGAGUUUGGCAAAGGGACCAACACAGUGGAUGGCCUCUCCCUUCUGGCCGCUGUGCUGAGGUAUUGGCUCAAUCAGGGAAUCGGGUGCCCGCAGGUCUUUGUCUCCACUAAUUUUCACAGCUUGGUGCAGCUGAAGCUCCUUCCUGACACCCCUCUUGUGCAGUACAUGACAAUGGAGACCCACCAGGAUGGAGAUGAGUUAAUAUUCUUUUAUCAGCUCAAGGAGGGGGUGUCUACUGUUAGCCAUGCUGCCAAUAUUGCUGUGUUGGCUGGGAUGCCACCCAAAGUGAUUGCACGAGGAGUGGAAGUAUCAGAGCUUAUCCGAAAUGGAAAACCUAUUAGACGUAUUGAUCAUCCAUCCAAAGGGAACCAGCUAGAGAGAUGCAAGUCUCUGGUGGAAAAGUUCCUUUGCCUAGACCUUGAUGACCCCCAUGUGGACUUAGAGAAGUUCAUUAGUCAGGAAGUGCUGCCCUCUGCAGCCUCCAUUCUGUAA